AAGGGCGUGGCGGGAAGUUUCUGUUUCAGUUCUCCCCUCGACGAGGAAAGAGCACUUUUGUCGCAGUUGUUCUUUAAAACACUCACAACUUCGUCUUAGAAUUUCAUUCUUCUACCGGUUGCAACUUUUGUAGUCGGGUGGAAGUUCAAAGCGCGAUGCAGACGUCGGCCGUAGAUGAGGACAAGACGCGACACUCGCUGGUCUUUUUCGACCUGGAGACAACUGGUUUCGGUUAAAUGUCGCAUUUGUACGACAGAAUUGUCGUACAUCAACAAAUCCACCUCCUCAAUGCUGAGGCAUUAUAGGGCCAGGCAUGAAAAUGAAGUUCCAGAGACACCCAGAAUAAACUCAGUAUACAGCCAUUCUACAACUUACUCAGUUUCUUUUUUGAGAAUGAAUUCCCUUCUUCUUUAUCUCAUUUUUAACCAUCAAGCUACUGGUAAGCAGAUGCUGGAUGAGGCUCUACUGAACUUCAUUGUGAAGGACUGCCAGCCCCCUCAGCAUUGUGGAGAGUGGAGGGUUCAGGGAACUGGUGCAGGUCAUUGAGCCAUCAUAUGUUUUGCCCAUCAGAAAGGUUUGUGUGGAAAUGAUCUAAAGUUGUAGUUGAUACAUCCAAUUUAUUUAAUAUUUAAAUUGAAUAUGUUGAGUUGCUUUUGGUUUGACUUGGUGUUAUAUUCAGACCCUCAAAAAAAUGCUGGUGAAAAAAUAGGAGGAACGGGAAGGAGUGAAAUUGGAAGUACAGCAAGCUGUGGCAGUGAGUAUAACAGCUGACAUGUGGACAUCUGUAAACAUGGAGGCUUCCUUGGCUCUUACCUGUCACUACAUACAUGAUCAUUUGCAGUUGUGUACAUCUGUGUUGGGAGUGCAAUACUUUCCACAAAGUCACACUGCUGACAAUUUGGCCCAGGUCAAAAGGGGCAUGAUGGCGGACUGGGCCAUAACUAAUAAAGUAAAGAGUUUUGUGACCGACGCAGCACCAAACAUGAUUGCAUCCACUAGACCGCUCCAAAUUCGACACUCAAUUUGCAUUGCACAUAGUCUUAACUUAUUAGUUAGAAAAUCCUGUGACCAGAUCCCCACACUUGCAUCCUUCAGACACAAAGCUAGGCACAUUGUCACAUACUUUAGAUCGAGCACUACAGCUAAGGAGAAGCUUGCUCAAGUGCUGCAACAGAUGGGACGGCCAACCCUGAAACUCAUCAGUGAGGUGGCAACACGCUGGAACAGCACAUAUGAAAUGCUGUCAAGGCUACAUGAUGAGAAGGAGUCAGUGUGGGUAUCUCUGGCCUCUCUAAAAACAGAUUUGACUCCACUUACAGCUGAUGAGUUUGACAUCGUAGGAGAAACACUUAUUGUGCUUGCUCCUUUCCAUCAAGCCACAGUGGAGUUGUCUGAGGAGAGGCGAGUGUCAGGGUCCAAGGUCAUCCCGAUGAUGAAAAUGCUCUACGUUGCACUAGAGCAUAGUGCUUCAACCUUGCAAACACAGGCAGCCAAACACCUCCAUGAACACUUGAAGCGUCGAGUCACAGACACUGCUUCCAAUCUGGAGUCUUUAAGUGUGUUGACCCCAGAUUUAAAUCACUCUGGUUCCGCAGUUCUUUUAAAUUGAAUGACCCCAUCAUUCGGCUACGUUCCCAAUGUGCGUCUGUCAUCGGACGCCCAAAUGAGCCCCUGCCAGGACCAUCUGCAGAACAGCUGUCUGCACCCACUUCAGGCAUUUAUUCAGCAUUAUUUGUUUGUUGUUGUUUGAAAUCAUGUAAUAAAAUGCAUAUUUUUUG